AUGACGGUUACCUGAUUGUUGAUUGUUGACUUUCUCCUGCCGACAAAACUGCUUCCCGGCCCCUAUUUGUGACAUUAAAUGACAUUGUAAUCCAACACAAGUCAACACCGUGGAUUUACGGUUUGUUUUUUAGCGAAACCACGCUGUUUUAUCGGCUUUUACCCACCUGACAACAACACAAACGGAGCAAUGCCUCGGAUAUCUGUACAGUGUUGUUAGCCAACGAGCUAACUAGCUAAACCGGCGAACUGUCAGCGGAAUAAUGGAGAGUUAUCACGAAGCCUCCGCCGACAGUCAGACGGUUUCCCCCGGUGUCUGCAGAGGACCAAACCCGGAGCUGAGGAAACUGCUGGUGUUUAAAGUCUACAAGAGACGCUGGUUUGUGCUGCUGGUGUUGUGUUUGUUAAACUGCUCCAACGCUACGUUAUGGCUCACCUUUGCACCAGUAGCAGACCAGUCUGCCGAGUUCCUGAAGGUCAGUCUGGAGUUGAUCAACUGGUUGUCGCUGGUCUUCAUGGUGGUGGCCAUACCGCUCAGCUUCGGGACCACUUGGAUGCUGGACACCCUCGGCUUACGGAUCACGCUGAUCUUAGGUGCCUGGCUGAACAUGCUCGGAGCCGUGCUGCGCUACAUGGGCACGCCGCCGUAUCCAGGUUACACGUUCCAUUACUCGAUAGUGAUGUUGGGUCAGACCUUAGCUGCCCUGGCUCAGCCCCUCAUCAUUUUCACCCCCACCAAGGUGGCAGCUCUGUGGUUCCCCGAGCAUCAGCGUGCCACGGCUAACAUGAUCGCCUCUAUGUCCAACCCCCUCGGCGUCCUUCUUGCUAACAUCAUCUCUCCUAUGAUGGUGGAAACAUCUGCCAAAAUCCCAGCACUGCUGCUUGCCUAUGCAGUGCCGACAUGCAUCAUCUGUUUCCUAGCAACAGUGGGGAUACGGAGCAGCGCCCCCCCGACACCGCCAUCAGCGAGCGCCGAGUCCUCCGGAUCAGAGCCCUACGUACAGGGGAUCAAACUGUUACUGAGGAACAAAGCCUACCUCAUCCUGCUGCUGUGUUUUGGCUCGGGCAUGGCUGUCUUCACCUGCUUCUCCACACUGCUGGAGCAGAUCCUGUGCAUGCAGGGAUACACCGAUGACUUUGCCGGAUUGUGCGGCGCUCUCUUCAUCGUGUUUGGGAUCAUCGGCGCCGGCGCUCUGGGUCUGUACGUCGACAAGACCAAGAAGUUCAUCGAAGCCACAAAGAUCAACAUGAGCUUCACUGCUUUGUCAUGCAUCGCCUUCUCAGUGGUUUCUCUGAUGCCACAGCAGAAAGCCGCCGUGGCCGCCGUCUGCGCUCUCUUUGGCCUGUUUGGUUUCUCCAUUUACCCGGUGGCGAUGGAGCUGUCGGUGGAGUGUUCGUAUCCAGUUGGAGAAGCCACAUCCGCUGGACUCAUCUUCAUAUCAGGACAGGUUCAGUCGGUUCUCUACAUCAUCCUCCUUCAGGCUUUAACCAAACGGAUCAGCGCUCCUCUGUCCACCUGUGGAGACGUAGUCCUGAGCUGGAAGGUGCCCAUGUUGGUGAUGGCGGGAAUCUGCACUUUUUUCACCUGCUGCUUCCUCAUCUUCUUCAACACUCGCUACAGACGACUGGAGGCCGAAGAAGAGGCGACGUACGGGACUAAACAAAGCAACAAGUCGAGCAGCAGUGAGGACGCUCCAAGCGUGGAGACAUGAAGCCGCUUAAAACAAAGGGAAUUAUGGGUGAGGUUGCACCGGAGGAGGAAACUAGUUUGUUCUCAGUUUAGUUACUUAUAAGUUUUUAUUUUGCUGUCGUUGAAAUCACGACAUUCAGACGGACUUAGAUUCUUUUUGUAUAUUUGGGCCAAACUUUUUGGGUAUGUUGCUGCUUCUAUGUAAUAAUCAGAUUUUUUUACGCACAAAAAAGUCGUCUUAAGGAGGUGAGUUUGUGUAGAUCAUAAAGUAACCAGUCUGUUAUGGAUACAGAAUGUAACAAUCGUGUAUUUAAAUCAUUGUGGCAUUAACGCUUAAAUAACAUAACUUAACUUUGAUUCAGGUACUGGGAGAGAAAGUCCAACCUCCAAAAUGAGCCUGAAUGUGUUGCUGGUACAGAAUUAAACCAUAUAAUUAUUAGAGAGGAUGCUGCAGACUCUUCUGAUUCCUCCAAAUUUGUUGUUGUGGAGAGGAAACGCACACAAAUCCUGAGUUUCCUCAAAGCAGCAUGCAGUUACUUUGUUUACAUGGCUGUCAAACACCCAAAUGAUCAGGUAGGGAGGUAGUAUUUGGAGAAAAUAAUCACAGGUACUGUAGCACUCAGCAGCAGUGUGGUCGCUCUCCAUAGAAACACUCUGGAAAAACGCAUAUUUUUCAUUUUCAGUGAAAUUUAAGAUGUAGAUCCUCUAACUGUUGGGCAGUUGUUAGCAUUCUGAGUUCAUGUGUCCACGCUCCAUCACCACCCUGACUCAUGUUCAGCUUCAGAACGCAGCAGCUUUAAAGGACCGGUAUGAAGGAUUUAGUUACAUCUAGCGGUGAGGUUGCAGAUUGCAGCCAACUGAAAACCUCUUUUUUAAGCAUACAGGAGAGCCACUGAGGCCACUGCUUUAACAUAAAAACAUGAGACACCCACAUCAAGUCAGGAGCACCAGAGGACUGAAUAUUACGACGCCACUUUGACGUAGCUGGGCUUUCUCUCUGUGAGUCGGCUCGACAAAAACUAAAACCUCAGAGUUAACAGGUGUCACGAAGGCGGUUUUCUACUUUCUUUGUUAUUUAAGACUUUCUGUUCACAUAAGAGGCAUUUAAUGCGUCAUGUGAUUCUUCUUCCACACAAAAUGAAAUAAUCGUGUGGAGCUGCUUUAGUCAAAAGGUUGUUUUAAUGGAGAAAAAUGAGGAACAGAAGCGUUUCUGAUGGUUAAACGCUGCUACUGCAAAUAAUGCAAGACAUGCUUGUAGAAAACAUGCAUAAUGUAUUUAUUUGAGCAAUUAAUGCAAGUAAGAGCUAUAGAAUAGUUAUUAAGCUUUAUAUAUUUAACCCUCGUGUCGUCCUGCAGCUCAAAAUUGACCCGUUUUAAAGUUUUAAAAUGUGAAAAAAAAUAUAUUUUCACAGUGAAACUUCUGAUGUCCACAUUUUCAACAUUUUUGGGAAAUCUUCGAACAUUUUUUGGUGAAAAAAAAGAAAUGUUAAAAAUGUUUAAGAACAUUCACAAAAAAAAAAAUCAACCAAAGUCCAGCAAACUUCACUGGAUUUUGGUUGAUUUUUUAGUGAAUGUUCUUAAAGAAAAUAUUUAAAAGUUUUACUGAUAUAUAUGUAAUCACUAGAUAUUUUUAGGAUUUUUUUUGGAAGAUUUUUACUCAUUUUCUUGAAAAAUUUUCUUGCCAAAUUUGGGGGAUAUUUUUUUUUUUUUUUUAAAUAAAACUUUUAAGGGAAACUUUCAAGGAAUUAUAGGAGUUUUCUUCCUGAAGGUUUUGCAAUUUUUCAGAAAUUUGGGGAAUUUUUUUGCUGAUUUUUUGGAUUUUUUUCAGACAAGAAAACAAUAUUUUUUUGCACCCGUAAAUGAGGACAACAGGAGGGUUAAGCAUGAUAUUGUAUUGAAGUGCAUUUAGGUCUGACAUUGUCCCAUAAUGCAGGAAAUCACUUUAGUUUAUGGCCAAAUCAAAAUGAAAUUAAUGUUACCGAUUGAAUAUUCUCUGUAAUAAAUACCAGUAGAACAAUCAAUGUUCUAUCAGCUGCAGUACCAGCAUGGAAACAGACUUGACAGCAAAUCAGGACCAAACAUAAAACCUAUUGAUAUGAUUUCUGCAUCACCAGCUGAAUACAUGUGGUGUUCCCAUGGCAACAUCAUGCAUACAGUAUGCGAUACUGUAACUGCACGGCUUCAUUCAGUGGUUUUAGUAACAUACAGAUGGAAAUCUCAGUGUCACACGUGAGCGCAAAGACGAACAAAAUUAACUUCACAAGUGAAGAGUUGUAUUCUAUAACAAAGAUCCAUUUUAGGGGGAAAGUAUGUUCUCAGGUUAAAUUCAGCAGUUGUUGUCCCAAACAUAAAGUCAUAAGUCAUUUACCCUUUUAAACUAGAAAUGGUUUUAUAUAAGCGAGUAUGACCAUUUCCCCAAAUGGCAAAUAUACAAACUGACACAAGAGGCGCAAGCUUUACACAGUAGUACGCUCCAUAAAAGAGAUUUAAAUCUAAACUCUGAACUGAACCUGGACCAGGUUAGCUCCACAGCAUCAGUUACCAUGGUGACCUAGCAGGUUAAAACAGCCACCUUCAUGAUACUGAAAGCUCUGACUUUUAGCUCAACAUACCUCACUAACCCACUAAGCAUGUUUGUUUUCUUCAACAUUCACAUCCAUGAAUUCAUCGUUCAAGAGAUUUAUUUAACCAAAUAACUAAAUCAAUACAUAAAUGGAGAACUGAACUGGGGGAGCAGAACUAAACCAAACUACUCAGAACUCUACAAACAAACUAUGAAUACAAAAACGGAAGUCUACAAAACUAAACAGAAUUGACAAACUAAGCUAAGGAGGGGUAUUCACAAGAUGGGGAACAGAGUCCAAAAGUGGGGAAGCAGAGUCUAGUGGGGAUAUAAGUCUGUGAUCCGGCAGAGAGUGAGUGAAGGAGCUGGGUUUAUAUAGUGGAGGUGUAAUUGCAGACAGGUGAGGUAAAUGGGCUGAUCAGUGCAGGUGAUUCACAUAACUGUAAUCAGGAGUGCAGGCAGGUGAGUGAGAGUGAGACAGGCAGAAAGACAGACCAACAGGUGCAGACAGAGGUACCAGACAAGGAGGGAGAGGUGACAUGGGGCGAGUGAGGGAGAGAGAGAGAGAGAGAGACCAGAGAGAGUGAGAAUAGGGAGAGAUGGAGGACAGACAGGAACAAGGAGGGAGAAGGACGGAGAAGAACAGGGACAGGAGCAGAGACUAUAACACACUAGGAGCUGUGCAUCUCUGCACAAGGAAACUACCUCACUGGGGAUGGCAGCCAAAUGUACAUCAGGUUAUUUUAAAAAUGUACAGUCUGAACUCUGGGGUCUCCGCUCCAAUAAAAGGCUCAGUCUAAGCUAACAAAAACACAAUUUGUAGCCCUUCAUUGAUAAUAAAGACAUAACUAUGGAAGCUGUAUUCCAUUACUGAUAAACAGCCCCCUAAAUCCUACACACUGGUUCUUUAAGCUGCAGUGAAUGCGUGUGUUUACAGCAAAUAACUUUCAUUUUGAUUCUCUGAGACAGACAAGAAAACCGGAUGUCUUGUCUCAUCAUAUUAGGCACAACCGUGUGUCAAUCUGUUCUUCUAAAACCGCUAUUAAAGCUACUGUUUGCCAACAUGCUCCAAGUAAAAUGUAUAACUUUACAGGGUUUUUUUGGCAGAUUUCUCAAAACUUUUAGACACAAGCAUCUGAAGUGAAACCAGACUGUUUCCAGUUACAAUGAGCAGACAAACCCAAUAAAACAUAUAAUACAGCAAUACUGACUAAAUAACUGUUGUGCCACUGUAAAAAAAAAAAAAACGAGCUUUAACUACCUAUUAGUGCCUUAUUGUUGUAUGUAACGCUGCUUUGUUAAGGACUGCACGUUACAGAUGGAGACAGUUGUUGGUUUUGUGCAAUAAAAGACAAACUGUACUGAUUCUGUCAAAAUAAACUGUCUGAUGCCAAAUCA